AUGGCUGGUUCUGCCGUAGAAGGGACAGGACUGCCUCCCAAUUUCGCAGAUAGUGAAAGUGAUUAUGGUUCCGAUUUCUCACCCGAAGAAGUUGAGAUAGUAGAGAAAUUAUUAUCGCCGAUCCACCAAUUCAAGGAACCAACGGAGAUCGAAGACAAUCCCAUUGUCACCGAAAUCGAGCAUCAUGAGCCAGAACGUGCUCUUCGCCUCCCUCGAGUCGUUGGGAAGCAACAGAUCUCACCUCUGCUCCAGGCUAUUCGUGAUGCAGAGAGGGUUGCUGAUCAAAUCAAUGCUUCAGUCUCGAAACGCGAGUACUAUCCAGACUUGAAAGAUCAGAUACCUGAAGUUGUGCCAGCGGCGACUCCUGCCAUACAAGUAAAUGAAGUCUUUUCAGAGCCCAGAGAGUCUGCAACCUCCACCCUCCCAGACACACGAUCGCCCCUCGAACGAUUUCGUACCGCGCCGAAGAAACCUCUCUCAGUGACAGACCUUGUGUCUCCUGCAUGGUGUGAGCUGCAAUACUGGUACACAUUGACGAAACUUGGGAGGAGGACGCGAACAACCGCCAUGAAGCAGGGUAGUGCUGUACACAAAGUCUUGGAAGAUCAGGUACAUAGGUCUGUUCAGAUUGAAAUCCGAACGAAAGAAGACGCAUGGGGCCUACGAAUAUGGAAUGUGAUACAAGGGUUACGAACAUUACGAGAAACGGGACAAACGAGGGAACUGGAGAUAUGGGGUACUAUUGAUGGAUUGGUUGUUAAUGGGGUCAUUGAUGAGUUGAGCUACAUAUGUCCAGAUGUUGAAAUGGAGGUAUCGCUUCUGGGAAAGACGGAGGAAAAGGGCCAGAAGAAGAGCAAGAAGAAGAAGAAGAAAUCGCCAACCACGGACCAAGUUUCUAUAUCUAAUUUUUUCAAAGGAAUGGAAGGUUCGUCCAUUUCAGAGGCGACACGGAUAAAAAUAAGGAAGCAGUCGAACAAAGUAUAUAUUUGCGAUGUCAAGACCAGGGGUGUUCGCACGCUACCAAACGAUGCAGCGUUUCGUCCUACUCGAGUACAACUUAUGUUAUACCAUCACUUACUUGGCAAUCUUGCCACAAACUCAGUCGAUUUUAGCGUUUUGGCAGUCCAUUAUGGGUUAGAUACAAGGAAGGCAUUUUCAGAUACAUUCAUCGCUCAGGUCGGUAGCAUGAAUGAAGAUGACGACGGGAUAUACCAAGAUGCACUUGAGGAGCAGGAUGAUUUAGCGCCAAGUUCUAGUCAAGAUUCUAUGAGUGUUCUCCUUGCUCACAACAAUCUUAAUGCACUGUGGUCCGUGAUGAUAUCUGAAUUUCAAAUCACUUUCCCCGAUGGUGCCGGGUCAUUAGGCAGGGUGUUAAAAACAGAAUAUCGAUCGCGAGAUGAUGGAGAGAUAGUUGGAAUCAAGACCAUCCCCAUGGAUAAUGAAGGACUGAGUUCAUACUUGGAGGAAGAACUGCGUUGGUGGAAAGGAGAAAGAGAGGCAAAGGGUGUUCAAUUGGAUGAGGCAUUCAAAUGCAGGAGUUGUGAUUUUGCCGAAGAAUGUGAAUGGAGGUUACAGAAGGUUGUAGAAGCAACCGAAAAGGCUCGGAUGAAGAAGAAGAAGGGGAAGAAAAGUGUUGUAUAG